AUGGUCUUCAGUCUCUUCACUCGCAAACCCGAUUCACCGCCCAACGCCCAACUACACACACCCUCUCCCUCAAUUUCCCACACUGACUCACCAGUGCCCCUCUUGCCAACUCCACCACCCAAUUCCUGCACUACCGAGACCGAGCCCGAACCCGAGGUAACAGACCCAACAGCCCUGUAUGACCUCGUACGUUCCGUCCCUCCCCAAACCCUACACGCAUAUACCCUUGCCCACCUCUCCCCAACCUCCGAUCCCCCACUGAUACCACCCUCCCCGCGCAUACUCACCGCUCUCACCCAUUUCUUCCACGAACUCUCCCCGCCGCCACAACUCCAUUGCGUGCGCUGCCACUCCUCCUUCUUUGAACUUUCAAACACAGACACGUCCUGCCGCAUUCCACAUGACGAUGAAAGCGCACUCGUCGAUCGUGCUGCGUAUGAAACGUUGUGGGGCUGCUGUGGAGGGAGCGUGGAAGGGACGGGUGAUAUGGGUCCCCCGGAUGGGUGGUGUUAUGAGGGAAGACACACAACGGACACCAAACGCGCACGAUUCCGUGCAGAUUCUACAAUCCAUGACGAUAAAUUAUUCUCCUGCGCUGCGAGUGGAUGUCAUGGCAGGAAACGCAAGCGAAGUGCAUCCGUCUCCAGCAAUGACCUGAGCGCCAGCAUAAGG